AUGAGUCCCCCCGGUGGCGAUGCCGCUGUUGGCUCCGACGAGAAGCGACAGAAGGGCAAAGCGACGCCUGACACCAUCAAACAGGGCUGCAUAGCCAUGGUGAUGAAAGAAGGGCAACUCCGACGAGCCGAGAUCCUCAGUAUCAAAGACACCAAAUCCGGCCGACAAUUCUACUGCAACUUCGACAACUUCAACAAGCGUCUCGACGAAUGGGUUCCCGCCGCCAGGAUCGAUUUCGAGCAGGACGUCGAGUGGCCCAACCCGGACAAGGACAAGCAGAAGGACACCAAGACCAAGAAGAACUCGACGGUAUCCAAGAAACAGCAGACGUCGAAAAAGAACACCAACAAGAAGGCCAGCAAGAGGGAACAGUCUGUUGCGUCAGUGGCGUCAGAUGGGCAGACACCACAUCCAUGGACCGAGUUUGUCGAAGGCCAACAGAAUGGCAAAAACAACAACAACAAGCAACGGGAAGAUGGAGGAGCAGACGCCAACGGCACCGCCGCCAGUCUGGAAGUCGGCGGCGAAAAGGGCGUCAAGAGGCGAGCAGACGAGAUGGAUGUCGACGAGGACGACAUACCCGCCGACGCAUCUAAGAAGCAGCAGCGCGAAUCGUCUUUUUCCAGGGAACAAGAAAUCGAGAAAUUGCGAACUAGUGGUUCCAUGACUCAAAAUCCCACGGAAAUCUCUCGCAUCCGCAACAUCUCCAAGGUCGAAUUCGGGCGCUACGUUCUCUUUCCAUGGUACUUCUCGCCCUACCCGAAAGUGUUCGACCAGGAGGACUGCAUCUACAUCUGCGAAUUCUGCCUUUCGUACUACGGCGAAUUAAAAUCGUUUGUCCGCCACCGACAAAAGUGCACGUUGCAUCAUCCGCCUGGCAACGAGAUUUACCGCGACGACUACGUCUCCUUCUUUGAGAUCGACGGCCGUCGUCAAAGAACAUGGUGUCGCAACCUCUGUUUACUCUCCAAAAUGUUUUUGGAUCACAAAACCCUCUACUACGACGUCGACCCUUUCCUCUUCUACGUAAUGACCACGCGCGACGACCGUGGGUGUCACUUGGUCGGCUAUUUUUCCAAAGAAAAGGAGUCAACAGAUGGAUACAACGUGGCCUGCAUUUUGACGCUUCCGCAAUAUCAACGCAAAGGCUACGGCCGCUUGCUAAUCCAAUUCUCCUACGAACUUUCCAAAAUCGAAGGCAAACUCGGUUCCCCCGAGAAACCGCUUUCCGAUCUAGGUCUGUUGAGUUACAGACAAUACUGGUCGGAGAACAUCAUCGAUAUUUUGCUCGGGUACAACGAACGGAAAGAAACGUGCACGAUUGAGAGUAUCGCUGUGGCACUGGCCAUGACGACGCAGGAUGUGGAGCAUACCCUGCAGGCUUUGAAGAUGCAGGUGUAUCAUAAGGGCGAACAUAAGAUUGUUGUGCCGGAGAAGCUGAUCAAGCAGAGGGAGAAGAGCAAGGCGAAGCAGAAGAGAUUGAUUGACCCGGAGAGGAUCCAGUGGAAGCCACCUGUUUUCACGGCACUUAAUCGGACGUGGGGAUGGUAG